UCAAUGCUGAAUGCCUUGGUAACGUUAUUCGUUUGAGUGUCGCUCCUCUUUUUGAAGAGGUUGAUGCUGUCUUCAAUGACACACAAAUCAUAAACCUGACGCCUGGCCUUGCUACUCAGUGUGGAUUCAGCUUUAAAUUUGACCCCAUGGGGAAUGCCAUGUUUUUUGCUUCUCUUCAAAACUGCUUUUCCCAAAACAUGGAUGAUAAGAUGUUCAGCUUGGUCAUGCAGUUCAGGCUGCCAGGAAACCACAUGACUGAAGACCCUGUGUAUAGAGUGGGCAAAACCUGUAGCUAUACCCCCUGGACCUCCCGAGAGAUUCUGUGCGACCGCAACUACAUGGAGGUGUCUGUCAGAAGGACUCUUCCAGACAUCCAAACCAUCCCCGAACAGCCCACUGGGGGCCCGAAAGCAAGGAGCGGCAACUUCCGGAGAGGAGCUGAGGCUGUUGCUUCAGGAUACAAAAUGACAGCAGUCGUCUUUAGUCCUAGCAAGAAUGUCAUGAAUGUGGAUGAGGUCCAAAGAAAGGGCUAUGCAAUAGCCAACACUCCCACACGGCUGGUGUUAAGAAGCCCUCAUAAUGCAGAGGAGACAUACCUCCAGAAUGUAGCUGGGGUUCCGAUGCGGGUGCUCUCAACCUCAACCUUCUUUGAGCAGAAGUGGCUGGUUACUCGAGUAGAUGCCACGGCUGUUUGUCCAACACCAGGGGCAGUUGCCUUUACUCCAGAAGUGAUCACCUGGUACAUGCCCAAGCACAUAGACCCACUUUUCUCCUCUGAUGCCUUCACCAUGUUGGAGGUGUACAUGGGAAUUGACGCGAAGAGGCUGAACACUGAGGAAAUGGCUGCCAGAAACUACUCGGUUUUAGUCACAGAGGCUCAUAUUAUUGUUGCAAUUCCGGUGGGGGCGGUUGGCGGCUAUUUCAAGAGCCACAUUCAGGAUGACCAGUACUUUGUCACUUACACCAUUGAGCCCAUGCUUGAGUUGCUGUGGAUUGAGGAGAUCGCACACGAGGACACCAGCUAUAAAGUCCUCUUCCCUAUCACAACACCUCCGAUGGCCAGGCCUCCACAAGUUCGCAACUACACGCCCUUAGACACAGUUCCUGAGCAGGCAGUGUUUGUGCUUGAGUUGGGGACCUUCAACCUUGAUGUGGAGCUGCUGAACAUCACCUUUCCCACCAUGGUGCUAACUGUUGCAGAGUGCAACGCCAGGGGCUUCAAUGUUCAGGAGCAGAGAUCCCCGGACAACACCUUGAAGACCUUCAGGAUGGAGGUGCCCUUCUCAGACCCGGUGGUCUUUAAGGAGAGAAGGGUGGAACAAGGUGUCACAACCUUCACUCUUCAGCUGUGCCUGGUCAUCUUUCCAGAGUACGCUCCUUUCUCUCACUCUGCCGUUGUGGACGCUGUACUGCUGGACAUUGUGCCACCCUCAGUCACUGGCAACUGUGAUCAGGAGAACUUCCACAUCACUGUGGACUACAGGAACCAAGAGCCCUUUUUGUGGUCUUUUUGCCGAGACUGCUUAACCAUGAGUUUGCUCAACAAACCUAAAUUGCUGCAGCUAGCCUCGCUUUCCUUACCCUGUAUACAUGCAUACAAUAUUGGACUAAUGAACUCUCCCAUUGGUUCCCAGUCGGUUCACUCGUCCUCUGUCAGGAGCAGACUGGAUGUGGCUCUGUUGAAUCCUUACAACAACAUGACCAUCAAAUACUUUUCCCUGGCUUGCAGCUUCCUCAAAACGCUGACUGAGUGUUUCUCUAACGGAACGAUGACUGCGCUGGCGGUGAAGGUGGAUUCUGUUCCCGGUCUGAACCCCGGUCAGCUGACCCUGAGCGACCCCGCCUGUGGUCCCACCUACAGUGACGAUCGCUUUGCCUACUUCCACUUCACUGUGAACUCCUGUGGCACCAUCAGGAAGUUUAUCAACAAUGUCAUGCUGUAUGAGAACGAAAUCUCCUUGCCAGAUGAACUUGAGGUGAAGCUGAAUGCCACAACGUCUUCAGAGGAGGAAUAUCAGUUAAAGGUUUCCUGCUACUAUGUGGCCAACAUCACUCGCACAUUGGCCUUCCUGACCAGGCCGCGUGACAACGAGCCUUUUGCCGAGACUGGGACGGGUCGACUAAUGGUCAGAAUGAGACUCGCUCAGGACGCCUCGUAUAACACGUUCCACCAGGAGGCGGACUAUCCAGUGGUGAGGUACCUGAGACAGCCUCUGCACUUUGAGGUGGAGCUGACCACGUUCUCUGAUCCCAAGGUAGCGCUGGUGCUUGACCACUGCUGGGCCACCCUCAACGAGGACCGUGACUCCCGACCCCGGUGGAAUCUCAUCAUUAAUGGCUGUGAGAACCCCGAGGAUCCAUACAGUGUGGUCUUCCACCCGGUAGUAGCUGAUGCCAGGGUCCACUUCCCCCCUCACGUCAAACGCUUUGAGGUCUAUAUGUUUUCCUUCGCCGAGGAUGCGGUUGAGCCGAGUGGCCAGGUCUUUGUCCAUUGUGAUGUGGUCAUCUGUGAUGCCAGUAGUCCCUCUGGCGGCCCCUGUAGUGGACAAUGUGUGAAUCAGGACAACCCGAAAAGAGGUCAACGACAUGUCAAAGACCUCUCUGAGGAGCGUCAUUUCUAUGUUUCUUCUGGAUACAUUCUUUGGGUGUAAUGUCUUGUUCUAACAUGUCAAAUAAAGUGUUCUAUAUAAAACAA